GUUUCUUCUUCAACAAGAAACCUCCCUCCUCCAUCUUGCCCUCUCUCCAUUCCUUCUAUUAUUUUGCUCUUCUUCAGCAAGAUUCUAUAAUUUCGGGCAUGUUUGAGCUCCUUUUUCCCUUAAUCACAUUUUGAAGGAUUUAUAUUUGUAAGGAAAUGUGCUGGGAUGGACUCUGAUACAACCAUUAAAUUAACAAUCAGAUAUGGAGGACAAUUCGAAGACAUGAAAAAAGGCAAGGGUAGAAGGUAUGCUGGUGGAUACCAAGACACUAUUUACAUAGACAUGGAUCGCUACAGUCUACUUGAAAUCUUUGAUGAUAUUAGAAAAAAUUUUAAGUGGGGUGAAGGUCAAAUAUUAAUUUUAUGAUAUGUUGCACAAUGUGGAGAGUAUGUGGUAAUUAGCAAUGAUGCACAGCUAAUGUCAAUUUUUAGUAUGCAUAGUGAUGAAAAGCAAUUGAUAUUAUAUGUGACAUUAGGAGAAAAAAUUAACUUGCUUAAUGUGUCGACUACUAGCAUUGGUGAUGGCAAUGAAACAGGAUGUAGCUCACAGGGUGUUAAUAUAAAUGUGGAUCCCUUAGAAAGAACUCAAAUGGACAAUAGAUUUAGGAGCUCAACAGGAGUAGAGAGUAAUUAUGAAAAGGAACUUUAUAAAGAGGAUUCCGAGGCUAUACUAUCUGACGGUAGUCUUCAUACUAAAUAUAGCAGUGAAUCUAAUAAUGAUGAUGUGGAAUCUCAUGGUGAAAUCUAUGAGUUUGAUAAGGAUAAUCCAAUCAUGAAAGUUGGUAUGAAGUAUCCUAACAAAAAGACAUUGAAGAGAUCCUUAGAUCAUUUUGCAGUAUUAAAUGGCUUCGAGUUUAAUGUUGAAAAAAGUGAUAAAAGGAGAAUGACUGUGAAAUGCGCAAACGAAAGGUGUGGCUGGAGACUUCACGCAUCUGUUCUUCAAGACAAAACAACAUUCGAGGUAAAGACAUUGAAAAAUGAGCAUGAAUGCCCUUCUGUGAACAGAUGUGGGAAUAAAAUGGCAUCACAAUUUUGGGUGUGCGAUAGAGUAGUUGACUGGCUUAAAACGGAGGGAGAAAUUUCAGUCCCUGAUUUGCAAAAAAGACUUUUAAGGACAUAUAACGUGGAUGUUCCAUAUUUGAGGUGCUUUAGGGGAAAGGAGUUGGCAUGUGAAGAGAUACAUGGAAACUGGGAAGAAUCAUAUGAAAGAAUGGUAGACUUUAAAGAGGAAAUAAUAAGAAGAAAUCCUGGAAGUAUAGUGGAUAUCAAAACACAAAAUUGUACUGAUGGAAGAAUAUGUUUUCAGCGUAUAUUUGUCGCAUUUGAAGCUUGCCUUAAAGGUUUUUUAGAUGGUUGUAGGCCAUACUUAGCUCUUGAUGGAUGCCAUCUUAAAGGUAAGUACAAAGGCGUUUUAGCUGCAGCAACAGCAAUAGAUGGAAAUAAAUGGUUAUUCCCUGUUGCCUAUGCAGUAAUUGAAUCUGAAAAUAUAGACAGUUGGGAAUGGUUUCUUAGGAACUUGCAAUUAGGUAUAGGGAAUCCUGAAGGUUUAGUCAUCUCAUCAGAUAGGCAAAAAGGAUUAGACGAGGCAGUCUUUAGAGUUUAUCCACUAGUAGAACACAGAGAAUGUGUGAGGCAUUUGUACACUAACUUUAAAAGGAAGUUUCCUGGACGGAUUUUAAAGCAAACUCUAUAUAGUGCAGCCUUAGCAUACACACCAUCUCAAUAUGAGGCUAAUAUGUCUAAGCUGAUGGAAGCAAACCCAGCUGCCAUUGAAUUCCUGCGUCAAAAUCAUAAUAUGAUUUGGAGUAGAAGUCAAUUUGGAACCCAAGCAAAAUGCAAUUACAUAACUAACAACCUAUCUGAAUCUUUUAAUUCUUGGAUAUCUGAGGCUAGAUAUAAGCCUGUCCUGGAGCUUCUUGAUAGCAUACGACAAAAAAUUAUGACAAAAAUGGAUUCAAGAAGGAGAGAAGCAAGAAAGUGGAAACUUUCCUUGGUGCCAGCAGCUUUGCACCACAUUGAUGCCAAAAGCAAGGGUUUAGGAAAUUAUACCAUAUGUAGAAGUUCAAACACUAAGGCUGAAGUGAUAAGCCCUGAUUCAAGAUGCGAGGUAAUUCUAGAUGAGAGAAAAUGUACUUGUAGAAGUUGGCAGGUCACGGGCUUACCAUGCAUCCACGCAUGUGCAUUUAUCACUAGUUUAAGAGGUUAUGAAUGGCUGAGCUAUGUAGACCCACUAUUCACUGUCUCUAAAUUCAGAGCUGCUUAUGCUCAUGAAGUUGUACCUUUGCCGGACAAGAAUCAGUGGAUAAAGACUAACCUAGAUUACAAACUACUACCUCCAAUAAUGAGAAGGCCAGCGGGUAGGCCUCGAAAAAAGAGAAUUAGAGCAGCGGAUGAGCCGACAAAGAAGAGACACAAAUGUAAAAGAUGCAACCAAUUUGGGCACCAUGCGAAGUCUUGCAAAAAUUCUAUGCCUUCUACCGCAGAGCCUUCAUCUCAAGCUGAUGGUGGAUCACAUGCAACAUUCAAUUCUACAAAUUAUAAUUCCUCAACCCAAUCUAGGCAAGGAGUCCCAGUAAGCAAUGAAAAAAAUUCAACAUUACCAGCUUAUUACAGCUACCAUGAUCCAAGAAAAAGAGGCAGGAAAAGAGCAACAUACACCCAACCACUUGCUGGAACCAGUAGCAUUGAAGGGCUUACAUCUCCUGAAGUACAAAUGACAAAUCUUGCAUCUAGUAGUGAAGCUAUACCCGUUGAAGGAGCUACAACCACUGGAGAAACAACAACUACAGAUUGGGAUGCCGUCCUAUUUUUCAGUUCCUAAGUUUAUACAUGUUAUAUAGAAAUGGCUCUUUUUUAAAGUUAAACAUGCACCUUUUUGCAAGGCGUAGGCUGCUAUUUUGUUGCACAUAUGCUUUUAGGAUUAGAUUGUAAUGAUUUGGUAUAUAUUCUAAGACAUAUUGUUAUCAUUUUGAGAUGA